AUGGGCUUUCUCGACGUCCUCCACAAGAUAGCAGAUGACCUGCUGGCCCGGGUCAAAAUGAUCCAAAACCGCCAAGUAGGAUGGCUCACUAUCAACCGCAAGACCGGCCAGCUCAUGCGCGAACAACAACCCCUCUGGAAGAAACUCAAACUCCUCCUGCUGUUUAACCCUCUCACCGAAUGGCUGGACACCACUCACCUGAUGCGCCUAUACAUGCACCGCGAAGCGAUCAAAGAGGGCCAAGAAGAAGCCACCCUGACCUCGCGCAACCGCAUCGCUGCCUUCAUCGCCUUCUACCACAUCGACAUGACCCAAUUCGACCCCUCCGAUAUCUCCGCCUACCGCAACUUCGAGGACUUCUUCGUCCGCGCGCACCGGCCCGGCUCGCGACCGAUCUUCGAGCCCGACAACCCCGGCACGGCAGUUGUUGUGGCUGACAGCCGCGUCGUGGCCUACGAGUCUGUCGCAGAGAGCCAGAAGGUCUGGAUCAAAGGGUGUGAUUUCUCGAUCACCAACCUGGUGAUGGACCGGCGGCUCGGGGCGCAGUUCGACGGCAGCGCGGUCGCGAGCUUCCGUCUCUCGCCGCAGGAUUAUCACCGGUUUCAUUGUCCGGUGCGUGGAGUGGUCAAAAUGUAUAGGAGUAUGCCUGGGGAUUAUUACGAGGUGGAUCCGAUUGCGUUGCGGAGUGGGGUGGAUAUUCUGACGCGCAAUGCGAGGGAUUAUGUUGUGGUGGAUAGUGAGGAGUUCGGGGAGGUGUUGUUUGUGGCGAUUGGGGCUGCGCAGGUCGGGACGGUGAGGUUCCACGAGCGGUUCCAGCAGCCUGGGGCCCGGAUCGAGAAAGGCGAGGAGUUGGGCCAUUUCCAGUUCGGGGGGUCGUCGAUCAUCGUCGCCUUCCAGCGGGAGCGGAUCGUCUUCGACGAGGAUCUGCUGCGGGCAAGCAAGAAUGCCAUCGCCACCGAUGUGGAGGUGGGCAUGAGUUUGGGAAGGUCGGGGGAGAAGGCGUAA